CACAACACACGCUAUUGCAGGACAGACCACAUCAGAUCACAUCAGAUUGUUAAAAUUCAUUGGUAGAAAAAAAGAAGUAAGAGAUGGCUGGUUCAAUUUCUCCGAGUCUGCAUGCUACCCUCAUUGUUCUUUCAAUGCUGACUUUUGGUCUUACUUUAUUCUUUCAUGUUGCAGCAUCUACGGUAUCAAUUAAUGGUUUGUUUUUAACAACACAUCAGAAUAUUACUGAAAAGUUUGUACUGCAAAUCACUCCAGACGCCUGGCUCGUAUCAAUAUGGACAUUGAUUAAUGUGUGGAAUGGGCUCUGGCUUAUCUAUGUUUUCAUCACUCUGUUCAGAAGAAACCAGUACGGUCCUGUCUACUGUAAUCCUGCUAUUCACCCUCCCAUGUUUUAUAUUUUGUGGAUUGCAAAUAACCUGUUGAACAUUGGAUUUCUGUUCCUCUGGGACAGACAGUGCCUGGUUCAAGCCCUGGGCUUACAAAUCCUCAUUCCUUACUCCUGCUAUGUGAUGCUUAGCAUUUCCUAUCGGAAUUUGUACCAACAUGGCACUUGGUUAAAAAGCAACAGUUCUUCAGAUCUCUGGAACGUUAGAUAUCUGGUACAUAAUGGAUUAGCACUGUAUGCUGCGUGGACCUCUAUUGAUGUACUUGUAAACUUUGGAAUCGUGCUUAAAUACAGUUUUGGAUUGAUGGAUCCUGCAGUAAGCACAGCAAUGCUCUCCAUACUGCUUGUAGAAUUAAUAGUAUGGUUUCUGCUUGAAAACUUUGUCCUCGAAAAGUAUGUUCGCUACACUUUCACAGUCUACCCUGUGGUGAUCCUAGGUCUAGCAGGAAUGUUUACUAGAAACUACAGAUUUGACAGUAUAACUACAAACACAAUUUAUUGUGGUGUCCUUAUGGCCAUUGGUGCUGCGUUCUGUGUUUUUCGGUUAAUAGCAAUUUGCUUCUAUGAUUACAAUAAACCCAGCUCCUCCCCUUUGGUUGAAGACUUUGGAUCAACAGUUAGUUUGCCUGCAUUGAAACUAGAUGUGGAUAGAAAAUUUGGAAUUAUAAACAACCAGUGCUCAACAGCCUAGUUUUCAUGACAUCUCACAACAUAUAACCAGUUCAAGGUAAAAUGUAAACUGAAAUAUAAUUGUACAAAAUCUAAAUGCAUGCACAUUUAAAAUUUCAGAAACAAAAUAUAUAUGACCCUAUAUGCUUUUGUGCAGUAUAGCCUAAUUUUACUCAAUCGUUUAAAGUUCUGGCUCAAUAACAACUUAAUAGGCUAAAGAUCUCCUGAAGAUGUUAAGCAAUAAAAGGUAACACUUUUCAACUCUGGAUUUCACAAUAGGUAGUUGUGACCUAUCCUAGACCCAGUUUUGUGGCACUCUACCAAAAAAAAAGUUGUUAUGCAAUACUGUCAAGUGAGCUGGUCUCUCACAAAUCAUUGAAAAACAAACCUUGUUUUUUAUAUUGCAGAGAUAUUUUAAAGUGCUGUGUAUAUACAGUAUUAAACUUACUGUAUCAGUAUUAGUUGUAAUCAAGAAAGUUUUUCAAUAGCUGUCUUUUUUUUCUUGUGAAAGAAUAAAGAAAACAAAAAAAAAAAAAA